AUGUUACUCCCAACUGUGCUACUAGUGUUUGUGGCGGCAAACUGCUACCGACUUUCACAAAAAGAGAAUGAACUCUUGCAGAAAAGCUGCGGUGUUGCCAACUUGGGAUCUUCUUCAACAUUCAAGAUAUUUGGAGGGCGUCUUAUAAAGCCAGGCGAGUACCCCUUUAUGGUCAAACUAUGGGUUGCUAAAGAUCUACAACACGCAACUAUGAUUUGCAGUGGAUCCCUAAUCUCACCGCGUCACGUCCUUACGGCCGCACAUUGUGCGAUUGAGAACCUAGACGAGACGAUGGUUAAGGGCAAAUGCGACGGAGUGUUGAAGAACUACGUGCUAUCAGAGAACAAGCCAAAAGAUUUCACCGUAUACGUCGGCACCCGUUGUAAUCCUCCCGAGGAAGUUUUUGUCGACAAAAAAAUGAACUUCUGCGUGCGGAAAGUACAGAAAGGGGAGCUGUACGAUUGGCUGGUCACACACGAUCUUGCAAUCCUCGAACUCAGUAAGGAAGUUGGCAGCAAGGAUGCCGUUCCAAUUUGUUUACCGCACCGUGAACUUCCACUGGCAAAAGAACUUCAGGCUGCUGGGACUGGACUUCAGAGU